GAAAUACACAUAGGUGACUGCUGGGAAUAAAUUAAUUCAUUUUCCUAUACACAUUUAGGAACGUCCACCAAAGGGGUACGACUGUAUGCCACUACACUUGGCGGUUCGCAGGAGACUGACAUUGUCAGCACACCCUAGUCUAUUCCAUGCCGCUCAGCCUGUGUCUUUCCCUCCCUGUUUGUGAAGGAGGCGUGUAAGCAAAGAAGAGGCAGUUGGGGGCAGUGGACUAACACACAAGCUCCGUCAGAAUAAAGUGACGAGUCCAUUCAGCUCUCGGUGGACUCAGUCACAGCAGGUAUGCCGCAAAGAAAGAGGAGUUUCACUUUUGGAGCCUAUGGAGGGGUGGACAAGACCUUCUCCAAGGCAAGGAGCAUAUGGAAACAUGAUGGGAGUGAGCCCAGACUUUGUGGCGCACUAGAGCCUCAGCUGUUCCAGCCAAAACUUGCGCAGAGCGCCGUGACAACUCAGAAGACUGCGGAGUUAUUUGAAAUGAUUGAAAAGAUGCAGGGCAACAGGAUGGAUGAGCAGAGAUGCACCUUUCCACCUCCACUCAAGACCGAGGAGGACUACAUUCCCUAUCCAAGUGUCCAUGAGGUUUUGGGAAGGAAGAGCCCCUUUCCUCUUAUCCUUCUGCCACAGUUUGGUGGUUACUGGAUUGAGGGAACAAAUCACGAGCUGCGUAAUAGUCCGGACUCAUCGGCGCCGAUGCAGACUUUGUCCCCGGACACUCGCACAAAGCUGGAAUGUAACACAACGGCCACACUCUACCGCAAACACUUCCUGGCAAAGGAACACUUUAAUUACUAUUCAGCAGACAGCGCCCUGGGACAUCUGGUGUUCUCUUUAAAGUACGAUGUGAUUGGUGACCAGGAGCAUCUCCGACUAAUGCUUAGGACCAAACAAAAAACAUACCACGAUGUCAUCCCCAUCUCCUGCCUGACUGAGUUUCCCAAUGUGGUCCAAAUGGCCAAGCUUGUCUGUGAGGAAGUCAACGUGGACCGCUUCUUCCCAGUGCUUUAUCCAAAGGCCUCACGACUUAUUGUGACUUUUGAUGAACACGUCAUAAGCAACAACUUCAAGUUUGGGGUCAUUUAUCAAAGGUUUGGACAGACUUCAGAGGAGGAGUUAUUUGGCAAUAGCCUAGAGAGUCCUGCCUUUGUGGAAUUCCUGGCGUUUCUUGGAGAGAAAAUUGAGCUUCACAACUUUAAGGGAUUCCGUGGUGGCUUGGACGUGACUCAUGGCCAGACUGGCACAGAAUCCGUCUACUGCAACUAUGGCAAUAAAGAGGUCAUGUUCCACGUGUCCACAAAGCUGCCGUACACCGAGGGGGACACGCAGCAGUUGCAGAGAAAGAGGCAUAUAGGCAACGACAUUGUGGCAAUUGUAUUCCAAGAAGAAAAUACUCCCUUUGUGCCAGAUAUGAUUGCCUCCAACUUCCUCCAUGCCUAUGUUGUGGUCCAAGUGGUCAACGCAUGUUCGGACAAUGUUCUCUACAAGGUGUCUGUGACAGCACGAGAUGAUGUACCUUUCUUUGGUCCCGCCCUCCCAAAUCCUGCUGUCUUCAAAAAAGGCCUUGAGUUCCAUGAAUUCCUUUUCACUAAACUCAUCAAUGCUGAAUACGCCUGCUAUAAAGCUGAAAAGUUUGCCAAGUUAGAGGAACGAACCAGGUCAGCCUUGUUGGAAACGCUUUACGAGGAGCUCCACGUGAACAGUCAGGCCAUGAUGGGCGUCGGGGGAGAUGACGACAAGCUGGAGAACGGCGGCGGUGGUGGCAGUGGAGGCUUCUUUGAGUCCUUCAAGCGGGUGAUACGCAGCAGGAGCCAGUCUAUGGAUGCCAUGGGUCUUACUUUCAAGAAGCCGCACGCGAUGCCCGCUAGCCUCAGCGGAAGCUUUAACCACAGCACACCCGCAGAGAGCCCCAAAUUCCCAGGGAUAUCAUUGCUUGUCCCAGGAAAAAGUCCCAGUAAAUAUGGACGUCGAGGCAGUGCCAUAGGAAUAGGAUCAGUAGAAGAGUCUCUGAUCAUCCCGGGGAAAAGCCCCACAAGGAAAAAGUCUGGUCCCUUCAGCUCCAGGCGGAGUAGUGCCAUCGGGAUUGAAAACAUCCAGGAAGUGCAGGAGAAAAGUAGAGAGAACUCCCCGAACACCCAAAAGACCCCCGACAGCGGCCACGUCUCUCAGGACCAGAAAUCGGACAACUCGUCCAAUCAGAGCUCACCUGAGGGGCUCACCAUUGCCAAGAACAGGGCCCCAUCCAUCCCCGAGGCCAACGACCUUUCGCGCUCCUCAUCCAAUGCCAGCAGCUUCGCCAGCGUGGUCGAGGAGAACGAGGCAGUAGAGGAUUACGACACGGGCAUGGUGAGUUCCGUGUCCCUCAUGCUGCAAAGGGAGAGAAGAUUUCCAGAGAGUUUGUCGUCCGCCGGGACACCGCACAAGCGGGAUUCUCUGACGUACAGCACAUGGCUGGACGACAGCCUGAGCAGCCCCAGCACCAACAGCCGCGGCAGCUCGCCAGGUCCUGCUAAAAGUGAGCGAGGGAAAGGAAUAGACAUUCGCAUCAAACUCGAGCGACCUCACGAUCAUCAGUCAUCAUCGAACUGUUAGCUCAGCCCACCUACUAGCGUCGUGGAUUCCCAUCUUCAGCAUUCCCAUCACGGUCCCUCCGGGAGAUGAGCGAAGUACAGGCGUUUGCCAUGACCAUGUGCAGAACGGGGGAUAGGAGCAGCAGCAGGCUACGGGCAUGGAACCCCGUCUAACGGCUGCUCGGUGAUGGCCGCAGCGUGGCGCAUUAACACAUAGGGCAGGUGGCGUGGCAGGAGGGCCAGACUUCUUCACAGUGUGAUUUCCUGGCACUCUAUUCUUUGUCACUGAGCUGCAAAUGCACACUCACCGUUCCCGCAACCUGAAAUGUUUUCAUGCCUGACACGUUUGAGUAUGUCUUCUUGAGUGUUCCGACUCCACAGGGUAAAGACAUGGAACUCUUUGUGAAAAGGAACUUACAGAUUUGUAGUUGGUUUAAUUCAAAUUCAAAUAAUUUAAUUUUGAAAAGGGACAGUGUACAUUAAUUGAGAUUUUAAUACAUGUGAAUGCACUCAAGAUCGUUGCAAGACUAGUUCUCAUUGAAGGUCUCUAUGCUUGAUGUUACUGCACAUCUUCGAAUAACUAAGUGUACAAAAUACACAACAGAAAAAAAUGUACAUUAUCACUAAAAGUAUAUAAUACAGUUAAUAAAAUCCGGACACGAUGUCCACAAUCACAUCACACAAAUAACAAAAUUGUUUUUCCAACGCCGUAGCCAAAAUGAUGCAGUGGUGCCUUGAGACAGGACUGACCCCACUUAUUUCAAGAUACAAGCCGUCAUUAUGCAAUUUAGUCUUUUGUUUUUUUGCUUUGGCUUGCAAGUGCAAACUUGGGAUACGAGCACUGGAUGGUGACAGAGGGUAGUUGUGACUCUUCUUCGUUUGUCUGUAUGACUGUAUUAUACUGCUCCUUGGUGGCCAAAGUGGGCACACCACAGGGAGCUGAAGAAUAUUGAAUCGAAGCACUAACAUGAAAUCACGGGUGCCCAAGUCCAGUCCUUGGGAGCCCCUAUUCAGCCCCUAUUACACGUUUCCCUUUACAAGCUUGCUAAUUAGCCAAUAAGUUGAAUCGGAUGUGUUGGAGGAGAGAAACGUGUAAAAAAAAAAAAAGGCUGAAUAGGGGCUCCUGAGGACCGGACUUGGGAACCUCUGUAUGAAGUCAUGAUGCACAAGCUGUUUACCUAUUUAUAUUCUAUCAUUAUGCUAAUAUCCUUACGUUUUUAUGAAGUACAAUAUAGAGUGCUAUUUUUCUGAUACACGUGUCUAAAGAAACAUUUCGCAGAGUGAGGCGGGGGGGCGGGGAUUUUGUAUUUCCAAUCAUUUCAAUGGGCAGAGGUGAUUAUCGAUACGAUAGUCACGGAAGGAAUUGAACUUGUAUUUUAAGGCACCACUGCAUUUUUCACAUUUGACAGUUUUUGUCAUUUUCCAACUGUUAAGUGACUGCCCGUCCUCAUUUCAUGGAUGCAAAUAUCCUGCAGCCGACGAGAGAAGGCGGUACCUGAUUCCACCGAGUCACUCCAGUACGGCCGAUAUUUGUUGUGAACUUUUGGAAGCAUCCGCCUUUUACAUGUUUUCAUGCUUUGUGUUUCCUGACCACUUUCUAUUUAAUAAUUUUCUCUAUUUAAUCUUCUACUUUGUUUUUCUUUCAAUGUUUUAUUUAUGAAUUGCAUUGGUUCUUUUUGGAGUGAUGCUCUUCUUUUUCUUUAGUGUGAAUUUGAAUGUUUUGAACUGUGAAAUUCUUCAGGUGUCAACUUAUUGGUAAAAAAUGUUUAAAAUGAUCUUUUAUUUGCUUUGAAGUUGAGCAGAAAAUGCGCGAAAUUCAACUACUGAUGAUGUAAAUAUUUUUUUGAUUGUGUAAAUAUUUUUUGGGAGAGGGUAAAAUAAAAA